AUGACCAGCACAUGCUAAACGAUUUCGACAAAAAUAACGGUCCCCUUUCACGUCUCAUGUUGCACUUCACUCCAUAUUCAUAGGAUGGUUGUCCGUUGGUCGGCAACUGUUAUUGGUAUUUGAAGGUAUUAAAAAACAAAAACCACUGUCACUAAAACAUAUAUUUGAGCUUUUUCCUUGGCACGCACACAGAGACAAAAGUCUUUGAUUGUAUAUAAAGAUAAAGUUUAAUUAAUCUUCAGGUCCUCGGAUCCUGCGUCCACGGGUCCAGGGAUUUCGUAAUUUCUUUGGUCGACAGAAGAGAAGCAGAGCUUUUGUCAUGCAUGGAAUUGCUUUGCAUGUUGCUAAGUUUUUGACGGGAUGAUAAUGGCGCUUGUUUUGAGCAGAAUUAAACAUUUCAAGGCUCUCGCCUAUUGUGCGAGACUCAAGCAACGAAAAUGGCUUGCGAAUACUACCUUAGCAGCCGAUGGCCGGGUAUGCAGUUCCUUUGUCGCAGGAAAAAUGCCAACUAGAAAUAAAACAGACUUUGAAACAACCAACGAUAGCUUGCAAGUAAAUUGGGAAGAUGGCGAUCAAAGCAAGUAUCCUUUUAUAUUUCUACGUGAUAAUUGUCAAUGUGAGCAUUGUUUUCAUGCAACAGCGAUGCAAAGAACUUGCGAUGUUGUAGGAAACUUUUCUGUCGACAUAAAACCUGAGUCGACUUGGCUGACUGAAGAUGGAGUUACAAUGGAAUGGGAGGAUGGACAUCGGAGUUCAUUUCCUUUCAAGUGGCUGAGGGAGAGGAUGUUCCCAAAAUCAGAGAUGGAGAUAGGAACAAGGAGGAGUAAUUGCGGCCUUAAGCCAAUUACAUGGGGGAGUGACCUUAUUGGUAAAAUCCCCAAGUACGAGUUUGGCAAAGUGACAAGGGAUGACCCCACCUUACUUUCCUGGCUUGAAACAGUGGCUGUGACAGGUCUGACGUUGCUGGAGAACACGCCUGGAACAAGUGAAUCUCUCGAAUUGAUUAGGGACAAGUUGGGGUGUGCUUAUCGAUCAACCCAUUAUGGGGAGAGAUUUGUUGUGAAGAACAAACCAGGCCCAAGUAAUCUUGCUUAUACGGCAGGCUACCUACCUCUGCACGUCGAUUUGCCGUUUUACAGAUACCAGCCAGGGGUUCAGGUGCUGCACUGCAUUCAACAGGCAGCCCAAAAGGGAGGUGAAAACCAUUUUGUAGAUGGAGUGCAUAUUGCAGAGUUGCUUCGAGAACAAGAGCCCGAUGCCUUCCAACUUCUCUCUUCUGUCAAAUUUUCAUUUCAAGAUGUUGGAGUCGAUGCGUAUGGAGAUUACAAUAAGUACUAUGAAAGACCGAUUAUAGGCCUAGACACAUUUGGAAAUGUAGAAGAUAUCGCACAAAAUAACCACGUGAGGUCUUCGUUCAUCAACGCCCCUUCAGAAAAGGUGAAGAGGGUUUACGAGGCCUAUUUCAAACUGGUGAAGACAAUGUAUGCCCCCGAGAAUUUGGUCACAUACAAGAUGAGGGAAGGAGACAUGUUGGUGUUUAACAACAAGAGAGUGCUGCAUGGACGAGCUGCAUAUGAAGCUACGUCACCUCGCUAUCUUCAAGGUUGUUAUUUUGAUUGGGAUGAAGUUUACUCAGCAAUUCGCGUCUUGAGAAGGAAGCUGGGAUACAAGGGAUCAACUUUGUAAUAUUGGGCAGUAAUAUGUCGUUUUGUCUAGGACGUUUAGGAAAUUAAAGUUUUUAGCAGGGGGGCUGGUCUUUGAAGAGCUGACGUUUUCUUUUUUCAAAUGAAGUUACGGGUAAAUUUGUUGGGGAGAUAACCAAGCGAAAGUCUUCUAAUGAGUGAGGCGUCACCUCUUCUUGGGUCAAAGGUCGAAGGACAUGCGUAAUAAUGAUUGAGCUCGAUACACAUGUCCUUUGACCUCACACGCGGGGUUUUGUUUUGAGUGACAAGUUUGAAUGAAAAAGUUAAGCAGGCUUUUAAAAAACUUACAGUUUUGCCUUGUCAGUCGAACAAACGUCACAUAUCUUGACUGAUGAGAAUAACACUGGUGAAAGAAACUGAUCAUGUUUUUCAGCUGCAUCUUUUGCUUGACUUCCCAAUAGUUUUAUUAAGAUUUGAUUAGAUGUAAAAAAUAUCGUUACAUUUCUAUUUCAAACUUGUGGUGUAACUUCCAGUGCUACAUAUAGAGCCGUGGCUAUAACUGGUGUUGGAAGGGGUACAGCAACCUCUUUGAAAACAAUUUUCUAAUAAUUUCCAGUAUUUCAUACAAGCAUCCUUUCAUUAUUAAAGUACAAUUCCUGACAAAGUAUUCUUUCAAAGAAGAAUGACUCUAACGAUGUUAAUUUUGUAUUUGAAAAACACAUAUGACGUCUCGAAGUGACAUCGCCAGCUGUAGCCUGCUCUCCAAACUCCAAACCUACACCUGCUGCGGCUGAAUCUAGGCGCCGGUAUUCAUGGGCGUGGCCCUCAUCUAAUUUUUGACACCGUAUAUAUUGCAGGAGCGCCCAUGUUUUGCAGAAUUUCAUGGCUACAACCCUUUCCUGUUUCCUGCUAUUUACAAUUAGCAAAUGUUAAAGAAAUGUGACCUACCCCUAACCAUUUUUUUUCUAUUAAUAAGAAAGAAAUACCGUUUUCGUACUAAUAUCUGGUUUUUGAAAGAUACCUUUUUACCCUAAAAGGCCUAAAUGUUCACUAACUUCAUUUUGAGAAAAAAAACGCUGAUAUAUGAUUUUGAAUUGAUUUACUACACGAACUACCUGCGAAGUCAGAGUAAAACUGAAAAACGAUUAUUUGAAAGCAAUUUUGAGUUAACUACAAUUUUUACCAGCUUAUUUUAUGAAUUGUGUUCAUUUAUGAAUAGUAAUUAUGAAUUCUUAAUUUUUCAUUUUAGAAUUAGGUUUGUUUC